AGUUUAAUAGGUUUGAAGCCAUUCAUCGAUGUUCUUUACGGCCGUCUGUCUUUCGAAAGCUUCGCGGCGAGCUUUGACGCCCAAGCGGGGGAACAAGGACUUCUAUAAAGGAACUAGACAAGCCUUUCUCCCUGGUGGACACCGCACAGGUGCCCCAGGAAAACAUGUCAUCCGUGGCGCGUCGAAGUACCGUUUACUGGACGAGAAAGUGAGGGUGUUCGUCGCGCCAAGCAUAGAGGAAAUCAAGAAAAGCGAGCUGAAGCCAUACGUUGGGAAGGAUGUUAAACUCACAAUGGUACAGAAGAGGGAGCUGUGGAAUAUCAUGCCAAAGUCACCAGCGUCGUCGCAGUCCGCUCCAUCUAGCUGAGCGAACAACUUUUUAUUAUAGUAUUCGACUCUAUUGUACUAUAUCAUAGAACAUAAUGUCAUGCAUACCUCCUAUUGUAGCAGGAGCGGGAAGGGAGUGGGUGCCAGGGUGUAGGUAGCGGUCUUCGUACCAUACCAAAUAUUCCUGAUUUAUUGCACCCUCCAGACUCUGCCAUGGCAUGCCCGGAUUGUCUUUCAGCGUAAUCCUCAGAUCUGGUUCAUCAAUAUCAAGACAGUAGAUCCAAGCCGACCUUCUCAAGCCCAAUGCCCAGUGUCUAGAGCUGGGUCUGUAAUAAAC